AACUCGAUGCUUUAUAACCUAACGCUGCCCCCUCUUGCUGAGCUACGGCUGCCUUUCUGCGACGUUGCUUCCGAAAGUUUGCCAUCAGUUUUUGAGAGUGUUGCACUGGUCUUCGCUGCGGAGCUCGUUGCAGAGGGAGUUUUUGGUGUGGCGUCAGUUGGGUCAUCGCAGAAAUGGCUCCCAUCACAGUUGGAGACAAAAUCCCUGACGUGACGCUGUCGUACUUGGACGAUGACAAUCAGAGCCAAAAGUUUAACACACACGAGGAGCUAAAAGGGAAGAAGGUGGUUUUGAUUGCUGUUCCUGGCGCAUUCACUCCCACUUGCAGCCAAAAGCACAUUCCUAGUUUCAUUAACAAUGCCGAAGAGAUCAAGAACAAGGGUGUUUCGGAUAUUAUCGUCAUUUCAGUGAAUGACCCGUUCGUCAUGAAGGCGUGGGAGCGUUCUUAUGAAGGUGCCGAGCACCUUAAGUUCGUGGCCGAUGGUUCAAGGGAUUUCACCAAGGCAUUGGGGUUGGAGCUCGACUUGUCUGAGAAGGGAUUGGGUGUCCGUUCUUAUAGAUACUCUCUCCUAGUCGAUGACCUGGUUGUGAAGGUUGCGAAUAUUGAGGAAGGUGGUGCAUUCAGCAUUUCUGGAGGAGAGGAUAUUCUGAAGGCUCUUCAGUAAAAUCGACGACGUUAAAGACUGCCAGGAGCGUUGAUGACACCUUUGAGGGAUCUGUAUGGUGCUGGAGGAUUCGAAGUUAAUGUCACUCUGAGCGCUUGAAAAGUGCAGUUUGGAGAUGGUGUUUGCAGUGCUUGUAAAGAUACUGAGCUUGUUCUGAAUAUCGAUACUGUUCCGUAGCAAAGACUGUUGAUACUAUUGUGCAAAUUCAUGUCCCGUUCACAUGAUUCCUAGCGGUUCCGGUUUGACAUCCAAA